UGUCGCUGCCUUUACCUUGUUGUCUUUCCGAACAACCGGAGCAGAAAUUUCUCCGGAAAUAAAAUUGUCUGAACUCUUUCGUCAAGUCAGUAUGGGUGUGUUUGACAACUGUUCAGUUCUUCUGGAGCUCAAAAACUUGCCUUUCAAGGAGAAGAAGAAGCUGAAAUCAAUAGUGACAUUGAAUGGAGGCAGCAUUUCUUUCAUAGUCAACAAACAGUGCUCUCUGGUGGUGACCUCCGACUUGUCCAACCUGAGCUCCAACAGGCUGCGCAGCAUCCAGAAGAACCAGACGCCGGUGGUCGGCUUUGAUUAUCUGUAUAAAUGUGUGGAGAGAGGCGUUCUUCUGUCUUUGGACGAGUACAAGAUGGACACUUCAUCAUCUCUAGAUCCUCCUCCUCCCUGGAAGUCACCGCAGAGAGCUCCACUAACUUAUAAAGGUCCGACCUCAUCAGAGGGACCAGCUGUUGAAAAAAACAAUCAGAAGUUCAGAAUCUACAAAGAGUCGGAUUCUGCUCUCCCAGCAUUCCCCGAUGAUUUCCAGGUGGCGAAGUACUCCGUUUUCGGACAGGAGAACGGCAGCAGGUUUUGCGUGUUGGAGCUGCAGAGCGCCAAAGGUGAGCAGGGACGGCGCUAUCGUGUGGCCAGAUACCUGAAGGACGACGUGGUGUCGAAGAAGACAGCUGUGAUGGAUCGGCUGGUGUUCCUGUCCACUUCAGAAGAAGCUCUGGACGUUUACAAGGCGCUGAGUGAAGAACUGGAUCGCUCUGAGCUGCAGAGGAUGAGCAGCUUACCUGCUGAGGCGCCACACCUGGGCUCUGCCCCCCUGCAGCAGCUGCUGCUGGAGGAGAAACUGAACUCCGAUGAGUUGUCCCCAGACGUAGCGGCGUUUGUGGAGCUGCUGUGGACCGAAGCUCUCGGUUGCCUUGGAAACAUCCUCAGAGUCCCCAUCUCCAGACUCAGCCUGAACGAUGUGAGCAGAGCUGAAGGCCUUCUGCUUCAGGCUCAGAGGAAACUGAAGGAGGGAAACGAGGAAGAGGCGUCGUCCCUCCUGGACGAGGUUCUCACCCUGCUGCCUCACCGGGAACCCAGACCUCAGUCACCUACAGCCAGGUUUCUGUCUCAGAAGCUGGAUCUCUGUCAGUUAAUCCGGGAUGUUCUGAAUGUGAGCGAGAUGACCUUGAACGACCCGAAGCCGUCCUCCGUGGGGAAGUACCGCGCUCUUCGCUGCCACAUCGAAGCCAUUCCCCGCAGCAGCUCAGUGUUUCAGAAUGUCGCCGCCCUGCUGGCUGACAGGUCGGUGCAGAUCCAGCAGAUCAUGCGGGUCAACAGAGCGGUGGAGCUUCAAACGUUUCAGAGCGAGAUCGGGAACGUUAAACCCCUCCUCCAUUCAUCCAGCCCCAGCAACUUUGUAGGAAUCAUGUCCAGAGGUCUGCUGCUUCCCCAUGUGGGAGUGGAGCAUCAUGGGAUUACGAGAACGGACGUCGGAAACCUUGGCAGCGGGAUUUACUUUGGUGAUGCUUUGAGCACCAGUCUGAAGUACGCCAAACCCAGUGAAACAGACGGAUCGCGCCUCCUGCUGGUCUGCGAUGUGGCUCUGGGAGUUAGUAAGGAUCUCUAUAAGAGAGACCAGACUCUGACCGAGGCUCCUGAAGGCUAUCACAGCGUUCACGGAGUCAGACGAACCAACAAAACUACAUCUGAUUUUGAGGAUGACGAGUAUGUGGUUUACUCUAUUGACCAAGUGAAGAUAAAAUAUGUAGUUCAGUUCAGAAAGGAAGGAGACGAGCAGAAGAAUUUCAGUCCGGACAUCAACCUGACUGCAGAACCCAUUGAGUCUGCCAAGAACCCAGGUCUCACUUCAGAACAUGUAGAAGAAGAUCUAGAAAAUGUGAAGAACCCUCUGGAGGACGUUAAAGCUGGACUGUUGGACAGUUCAGGCCAGCAGCUCCCCCUGCAGGCCGUCCAUGUAAAGUGCAAACUGAUGGAUCUGCUCUCCCAGGUCAUCAUCUUCCAGAAAUACACCAAUCAGAGCUCAGUGCCCAUUGAGGCGAAGUACGUCUUCCCGCUGGACGACUCAGCUGCCGUGUGCGGAUUUGAAGCUUUCAUCAAUGGGAAGCACGUGGUGGGAGAGGUGAAGGAGAAGGAGACGGCUCGUAAGGAGUACAAACAGGCGAUAGCCAAAGGCCACGGAGCGUACCUCAUGGACCAGGACGCUCCUGAUGUGUUCACCAUCAGCGUGGGCAACCUGCCGCCUGGUGCCACUGUCCUCAUUAAGGUGACCUUUGUGUCAGAGCUGGUGGUCAGAGACGGGAGCAUCCUGUUCUCCCUGCCGGGUAGCGUGGCUCCAUGGCAGGAAAGCGCUGCGCUCAACCAGACCACACAAGUCUCUGUGGAAAAGGUUUGUGUGGCCAACGAAUCAGCGAGAGAGUUUACGUUGGACAUGUCGGUGGAGAUGCCCUUUGAGAUCUCUAGCCUGACCUGCAUCACCCAUCAAGUCAAAAUUAAGAGGACUGACUGUAAGGCAGUGAUCAGUGUUCUGCCGGGUCAGGUCAUGGGGUCAGAUGGUUUCCAGAUGUCUGUCACUCUCUCUGAGGUUCAUCUUCCCAGAAUGUGGGUGGAGAAACACCCAGACAAGAACAGCCAGGCCUGCAUGCUGGUUUUCUACCCAAACUUUGAGUUUGACUCCAGCUCUGAAGGCAGUGAAGUUGUUCUUUUGCUGGACACGUCUGAGUCCAUGAAGGGGGCAUCGUUCCAGCUGGCCCAGAAAAUCGCCCUGCAGGUUUUAAAGAACCUGAAGAACGACGUCAAAAUCAACAUUGUUUUGUUUGGAACAGAUCACACAGAAGCUUUCCUGACGACCCAGAAACUCAACGAGGUUCAAGCUGAAGCCAAGAAGUUCAUCAAGAGCUGCUCCUCAGUAGGGGGCAGCACUGAGCUGUGGCGGCCUCUCCGGGCGCUCAGUCUGCUGCCGCCGUCCGACGGCGUGCGAAACCUGCUGCUGCUGUCGGACGGCCACAUCCAGAACGCGGCGGCCACGCUGCAGCUGCUCAGAGAUAACGUCCAGCACAGUCGCCUCUUCACCUGCGGCUUCAGCUCCACAGCCAAUCGCCACAUGUUGAGAGCCCUGGCUCAGGCAGGGGGCGGAGCUUAUGAGUUUUUUGACUCUAAAGCGAAGUACACCUGGGCUGAGAAGGUGGAGCGCCAGGUGAAGCGCAUGUCGUCUCCCGGCUGCAGCUCCGUCUCUGUGAAGUGGCAGCAGUUCAACCCCAGAGCUCCUCCGGUUCAAGCCCCGAAGCAGCUGAACGCUCUGUUCAACGACUGCCACACGCUGGUUUACGGCUUUGUGCCCCACUGCACUCAGGCGACUCUUCUUGGAGAUUUGCGUGGUCAGGAGCUUCAAACCAUGGUGUCAACAACAGAGCUGCAGAAGACCAGAGGAACGUUUCUUCAUAAGCUCACAGCAAGAGCCCUGAUCAGAGACUACGAGGAUGGAAACCUUGAUAUCACCGAAGCUGAACACGAGGGUAAAAAAGCAGAGCUGAAGUCCUUCAUCAUCGAUCUGAGCAAAGAGUUCUCCAUACUGUCUCAGUUCACCAGCUUCGUGGCCAUCGAAGAGAGGGAUUCUGAGAAGGCAGAUGAUGGCGUCACAGACAUCCCAAAGCUGGUCGCAGAGGAGGAUGUGGACUUCUUGCCAUACAUCAACUGGAGUCUUCCUGAGGACAAAGAAAAAGUUGUGGUUUGUGAUGCAGAGUUAUCUGAAGAAAGCGAUCGCGACAUGCUGUCCACAGAACUUAGCUCCACUGAAGAGGCAUCUACAGAUAUCGACGAUAUGACCUCUUUAUCUCUUCAGAGGAUAUUAUCUCUUGUGAAAUCUACAGAGAGAGAUGACGAAAGAUUUAGGGAACUCCUGGAAGAAGGGUGCCGUCUAAGGCAGAUAUCAUGUCAUGAGAAAUCUGAAGAGUUAAAUGACGAAAGAUCUAGGGAACUCAAGACACCUGAAGAGAGCGAGGACGAAUCAUCUGAAGAGAUGGAUGUUGAUAUGAUGUAUGAUGCCCUGCCUGAUCAUCAUGAGAUGGGUAUGUCUGUUGCUCCCGGGUCCUCCAGGAGAGGAUAUGCCCUUUUUUCUGCCACACCACUACCGCAAGGACAGUUAUUCGCUGGUUCUGCAACCACAACUGCUUUUUUUGGAGCCUCACCUGCUGGUUCUGCCCCCUCAUCUACUGGUUUUGGACCCCCACUUGCUGGUACCGGAGGCUUAUUUGGUUGUUCUGGAGCCCCACCUGCUGGUUCUGCACCCCGAACUGCUUUUUUUGGAACCUCAACUGCUUGUUUUGGAACCUCACCUGCUGGUUCUGCCCCCUCAUCUACUGGUUUUGGACCCCCACUUGCUGGUACCGGAGGCUUAUUUGGUUGUUCUGGAGCCUCACCUGCUGGUUCUGCACCCCCAACUGCUUUUUUUGGAGCCUCACCUGCUGGUUCUGCCCCCUCAUCUACUGGUUUUGGACCCCCACUUGCUGGUACCGGAGGCUUAUUUGGUUGUUCUGGAGCCCCACCUGCUGGUUCUGCACCCCGAACUGCUUUUUUUGGAACCUCAACUGCUUGUUUUGGAACCUCACCUGCUGGUUCUGCCCCCUCAUCUACUGGUUUUGGACCCCCACUUGCUGGUACCGGAGGCUUAUUUGGUUGUUCUGGAGCCCCACCUGCUGGUUCUGCACCCCGAACUGCUUUUUUUGGAACCUCAACUGCUUGUUUUGGAACCUCACCUGCUGGUUCUGCCCCCUCAUCUACUGGUUUUGGACCCCCACUUGCUGGUACCGGAGGCUUAUUUGGUUGUUCUGGAGCCUCACCUGCUGGUUCUGCACCCCCAACUGCUUUUUUUGGAGCCUCACCUGCUGGUUCUGCCCCCUCAUCUACUGGUUUUGGACCCCCACUUGCUGGUACCGGAGGCUUAUUUGGUUGUUCUGGAGCCCCACCUGCUGGUUCUGCACCCCCAACUGCUUUUUUUGGAACCUCACCUGCUUGUUUUGGAACCUCACCUGCUGGUUCUGCCCCCUCAUCUACUGGUUUUGGACCCCCACUUGCUGGUACCGGAGGCUUAUUUGGUUGUUCUGGAGCCCCACCUGCUGGUUCUGCACCCCCAACUGCUUUUUUUGGAACCUCACCUGCUUGUUUUGGAACCUCACCUGCUGGUUCUGCCCCCUCAUCUACUGGUUUAGGAACCACAUAUGGUGGUUUUGGACUCCCACUUGCUGGUACUGGAGGCUCAUCAUUUGGGUUUGGCUCUACAUCAACAGCUUCUUUGAAAUCAUCUUCGCUAUUUUCAUCAUCAGUUCAGCCAUUAUCAGGGGAUUGGUCCAAAACAAGCUCUCUUGCCAAAAUAAGUCCAGCAUUAUUUGGGAAAUCUCUCUCAUUAUCUGAAUCUCCAAGUACAGGCUCCAUUUUUUCCAGGGUGUCUCUUACAGAACGUAGUGCUGUACAGCAGAAAGCCACACCUGAUUCUGCAGGCGAAGCUCCUUUGACACGUUUAGAAUCUGAAUGUUUUGCAAACCAAGAAGAGGAACUCUCAGCAUUCCAAUGCAAUGGAGGACACACAAAGUUGUAUCAGGUUCCAGAAUCUGAUCCAAAACCUCCCCAUCGUCUUAGUUUUCUUAGAGAUUUAAGUCGAGUGCGCAAUGGCGCUCCAACACCUCUCUCUGAAGUGGGCUCCAUCCAACUGGACCGCAGAGUAGCUUCACCACUAUCUCUUCAAGUAUUUAGUGAAGCUUCACUACCUCCCCUUCAAGUAACUAGAGGAGGUCGUCCACCUCCACCUCCAAUGCGCAAAGGGGCUCCUCUAGCUCCAGGACCCAGUGGAGCUCCUCCUCCUCCAGUUGCAGUGCAAAAUGGAACUCCACCUCCACCUCCAGGACCCAGUGGAGCUCCUCCACCUCCAGGGCCCAGUGGAGCUCCUCCUCCACCUCCAUGGGUCUUUGGAGCUCCUCCUCCACCUCCAGUGGCCAGUGAAGCUCCACUACCUCCCCCUAGUCUUCUUCACAGGCCCUUCUGUGCAUUAAGUUCAAAUCUAAUGGAUGGUCUGGUUUGUCAAGCAUAUGAUAUACAGCCACAUCAUCCAUCCUUUGAAGCUCCAGACCCAGAAGAGCAGAAGCUGAAGUGGAUUAAGAUCUUCCAACUGCAGCAGGCGGACGGAUACUGGGAGUUAACUGUUGAGCUGGGAAAACUGAUCAAUGUCAACGUGGAUGCGUUUGCUAACGUGUUCCUGAAGAACAAAGGCAUUCAUUCUCUGGGUGCGAAGGCCAACGCAGGCAUCCGGAGGCUGGUGGCGACUCUGUUGGUUCUGCAGCUGAUGAGGGAGGAGGAGCUGGAGGAAGGAAAACUGCUGCAGAGUUUGUUUAACCUGAAGGAGCCGACUGGGUCCAGGUCAGAGCGCUGGCAGCAGGUGAAGAAGGCAGUGGACUGGGUGCGUUGGGCCGACCGGGAGUAUCCGUGCGCCUGCAGCCGGCUGGAGUUCGGCUGGAGCUGGGAGUCUUCCACCCGCCAGCUGCUGGGCUUCGAACGCUUCCCCCCGUUCUCACCGCUCAUCAGCCUGGAGCUGCAGAAGACCGCAGCGCCGCUGGCCAUCCACUGAGGAAAUGAUGCAACAUUUUCUGAAAGUCAUAUAUCAAUUUGUAUUUUGUUUUGCUUUUUUAUCUGCUUUGGUUUGUGUUUAUGUGCAAAGAGGUGAAGAUCUUCAAAAAUUACAUGACAAAAUAUUUAAAUAUUUUAUAAUUUUAAAACAUGAGAGGAAGGAAGAGAAAGAUUUAUGUUUCAUCCACUUAAAUGAUACAAAUGGAUAAAUAGAAUUAGAAACAAAACCGUUAUUAAUCACAAACUGGAGAACAUAAUUGAUGCCACAAUGUGAACAUCUUCCUCCCUAAUACAUUCAGAAAUGGUGGAUUGCUUUUAUCUUAAAAACUAACAAGAAUAGAUUAAAAUGUGUUUGAUACUUUUGGAGUUUAAUUCUUGUUGUGUUUUAAAACUAAUUUUUUGGGAGAAAUUAGCAAAUUUUUGAACUCACUUUCAGAUUUUACUUUUAUCUAAAGAUGGCUUAGAUCUCAAAUAUAUAUAUUUUUUCUUUAUCUUUUGUUGUUUUUUAAGGCGGUUUAAGGCGCCUUUGGUUUUACAAACUGCUUUACAUAUAAAAUCAGUAUUCACAUGGAAAUGGUUGCAUGCAUUGGAAAAACAAACAGCAAAAAUAAUCUGAACCUAUUUUCAGUAUCAGUUAAUCUAAAGCAACAUUAUUUUUCACCAUCUAUGACAGUAACCUGUUAAAAUAAAAUUUCAACGGCUCUUUAAGUACUUUAUUCAGUUAUUAUGUCAACAAAAUCAUCCAAAGAAUUCUAAGGUGGCUUGUUUUUAUACCCGUGUUUAUUGAAUCUGUAAUCAUUUUUAUUUGACAGAUUAAAGUAAUCUGAAAAUGUUUUUUUUAUUUAAUUCUUUUAUGGCAUUUGGGUAAUAGUCAGAAAAUUAAAUGAACAAAGCCAAAGUUCUCACCAUGAAUUUGUUUCAAUCAUCUCAUCUUGUGAUUCUCUUAUUGAAACUUUGACAUUUUUGAUGAAUGAAUUUAUACAAAUUAACUGUUUUGAAUGUAUUUUUAAUCAACUUACUGUCUUUGUUGACCUAUUCAUAGCAAAAUUCGAAUAAAUUACUAAUAUAGCAAUUGUAACUUUCAAAUUAUUUCAUUUCCUGGGUAUCGGUAUCUGUUUUGUUCAAUGUGAAAUUUAGAUCUAAAAUACAAUUAUUUUCUGGGCAGUAGUUGGUGCAAUGUGAAUAAAAAAUAAAGUUGCCUUGCCAAUGUGUUCAUGAGUGAAGUGAGCCUCUGGGGAUGUUGGUGCACGGAUAUGUUGGUAAGUAAAUUAAAGAUGCCAACCUAAGAUUGUUUUGUAUAGGCAAUGUUUGCUUUUAUAUGUUGUUUCUGAGUUUGACCCGCUUUUGCGUCAACCCAGGUAAAUAUCUCAACGACUAAUUCUCUGAGCUUUAGCAUUUUCCCGACUUAAAGAAAUGCUUCAUAAAAUGAAUAUAAAAUAAUGGGGAUAAAGCUGAUUUAGAGAUAUUUCAAUUUUUUUUAAUCCCAUGUUAUUUCAAAAGAAAUCUCGCGAUAUCUUUUCUAAUCUCAUCCCCACUCUAGAAGGUUCGCGCUGUUGUACAGUUGACAGUUGAGGGGGGUAAAAAGACGGUUGAGAGCUGGCAAUUUUUGGAGAAAGUUGACAGAGUUGUUCCUGAAAAGGUAUUAACAUCUGGAUAUGAUUUGAGUCUCGAGGUAUACUGAAAAUGUUUACACAGUUAUAUAAUGGGGCAAAGCAUCGUGUAUUGAUAGCGAAGCCCCAGUGGCCUUUUCCUUAGUGUCGAAGUUAUGCUAAGCUAGUAGAAAUGUUGGACAGAAUGUUGGCCAAUGUUACAGUUUGAAGGAAUUAUCUUGAGUACAAAUAAACAUGGUGGUUUUAAA